AUGGAAGGCAUAGUAUUAAGAAAAAUCCAGAAGGAGGUGGCCCUGGGUCGGGUACUUGGUCCAUUUGACAAGUUGCCCCUGCCCAACCUGCGGUCUCCCCUCUUGGGGGUCAUGCCUAAGAAGGCCCCAGGGGAGUACAGAUUAAUACAUCACUUGUCUUUCCCCCAUGGUUCUUCUGUGAACGAUGGUAUUCCGGCUGAGUUCUGCUUAGUCAGAGACACCUCGUAUGCCGAGGCAGUUCAAAAGGAAUUCCUGAUGGCUAAUCCACUGCCGGACAUUUUGGUGGUGCACAUGGGGGAGAAUGACCGAGUUACUCAGAUAGGGCUCUCCAUCAUCCAUAGAGCUCAGGCAGAUGUGACACAAGUGCAGGAAUGGAUCCCUAGGCUGAUAGUUAUUUGGUCCAACAUGUUACAGCGUAGGGUAUGGAAAGGGGCCAGGCACUCACUUAAGAUCGAGAGGGCCCACCGUAAGAUCAACACCCAUAUGGCCCGUUUUGUCCAGACCCUUGGAGGAUCCCAGUUAACCAUGAUUCCCAAGUAUUCGUUGAUGGGGCCUUUCAGAGGCCACAUGAGUAUCAAAAGCAGCCCCUUUUCUCCUAGUUCUUCCUGCAAACUAUCAAGUCAGUGCAUCCUUCAAGACCACAUGGCUACGCAUUACAGAAAAUUGCUAUCUGCCAAAGCUGCUGUUGAUUCAUCUGCUCCGAAGAGUUUGAACACAAGCAUUAAAUACAGGGACCAGCAAAAGAGAGAUAAACUUAUCAAAGUGGUUGAGAAAUACAAGGAAGAAAUGGCCCGGGUCCCAUCUGCACCACCAUUCAAUUCCAGAAGUGUUUCCACCAAGGAUCAUAAGCAGUUACAGAACAACCUGAAUUUGACUUCGAGUGGAAGAAUGGCAUCCUUGAAACAAAAACAACUGCAUUUCCCUAGACCUUUAAAGAUGCCACUCUCGAGAAUUCAUUCCCCAGUUUUAAGCGCAGAGGAGACAAUCCAAGAUAUUGUGCAUCGGUCUUUACUUCUGGCGCACAAUGAUGGCAGGAAUACAAUCCAGCAACAGGCUUUGCUACUCACUAAGCCUCCGAUCCCUGUUCUGAGUUGCAGCCCAAAAAAGACAUUUCAGCACCCUCGGAAGAAAAUAUUUGGUGGAGAUCUACUACAAACCCACGCACAGUGGUUUACAGAAACAACACAGCCUUUUACCCCCAAAGUCUUAAACACAGCAAGUAAAUCAUUCCUUUCGAAAUACAGGUAUUAUAAUCCUCCGCAUAGCAAGAAGAAUCUCUCGCUUGGGAAACAAUCAUAUAAAAGACCAAGGAAGUUUUACAGGUCUCUGGAAGAUAAAUGUCUGAGAUCUUAUGCAGAUUACCUUAUAUGGCAUCCAGUCAAGAAAGACUCCCAGAACUCAGUUUCUCUACAAUCAUUGAUUUAUGCAAAAGAAGAAGAGUUGAAAUACCUUCAGUUUCUUCAGGAACUUACAAAUAGCAUUUUGAUUAGAAGCUGUUACUGCAAGGAGGCAUUAGAUGAUGUGUUUCUGAAGCACAUUAGAAAUAGAAGGUAUGACCUUGAUGAGGAAAACAUGCAAAGAAUUUUUGAAGCCCUGAAGGCUGAUUUGAACAUCUGCCCUCAUCACACUGGUUUAGAGCACAGAAGUCAACGCCUCAUUGCACCUUAUAUGGAGCCAUCAUCUUCCAAGUCACGCAUGGUCUUCUGA